CAGAGAUUGCUUUCCGCUAACCCAUCUCCCCUUUUUCUCUAUUUCUCUAUCUAUUUUCUCAGUUGGGUUUGUUUUCGAAUUUUGAUCACUGACCCAAUAUGCAAAUAGAGAAAAGCUGAAAUCUUUUUGUGCUUUUCUUUCCCUUGCUUUAUUUCUUAUCAACACCAGCUAAACUUCAUGUGAUUCUUGAUGAAAAAUGCUAACUGGGUUCUUUAGAUCAUACCCAGAUCUUGUUAUCUUCUGAUCUAGCCGAAGAGCUCUGAAUCUUUGCAAUACUGAAUGAAAAAGGUGAAGGAGAUGAGAAGCGGAUUCAUUCAGUUGAACUGGUACAGUUUGGAAUUAUGUGGGGCACGCAUUUUGGGUUUUCAUGGUGGAGAGGAUAAGAAAUUUAUGUAGUGGAUUGGAUCAUGACUGGGUUGGUCGUGAAGUGGCAUAAAACUGGGUUAAUGCAUCUUGUUUUGACACUUUAGCUAUUAACUGACCAGGCCCACUUUAUCAUUGUUGAUGUGCCUUCUGGUCUGAAAGUAUUUUCACUGGUAUCAGCCUGUUGGGUGCACCUGAAGAAGAUUGUGGUUAAUCGGUUAAGUUAUGAUCAAACAGAUACUUAAUAGGCUCCCUCGGAAGUCAUCAAAGUCGACUGAAAAUCGUGAUGGAGGAACCUCUACCUUAUCAGCAAAUGCUUCUAGCAGUUCAAGAAGCAGUGAUCUAGCAAGUAAUCGGCCUGGGCACCUAAAUGCUUCAACUGUUCUGGGUCUUAAUUCUACUUCAAAUUCAGGACUAAAUCAUGGAAAUAAGAUUCCCCAGACUCUAUAUCCAAAUGUGAACGGUAAUUCAACAAUUUCAUCCUAUGAGGCAUUGCCUAGUUUUAGAGAUGUUCCAAACUCAGAGAAGCAGAACUUGUUCAUCAGAAAGCUGAACUUGUGUUGUGUUGUUUUUGACUUUACUGACCCAACAAAGAAUUUGAAAGAAAAGGACAUCAAGAAACAGACUUUGGUAGACCUUGUCGAUUAUGUUACUUCCGCAAAUGGGAAAUUCACGGAAAUUGCCAUGCAAGAAAUGGUGAAGAUGGUAUCUAUAAAUUUGUUCAGGACACAAACCGUCCAACCUCGCGAGAACAAAGUCUUAGAAGCCUUCGAUUUGGAAGAAGAGGAGCCCUUGAUGGACCCAGCAUGGCCUCACUUGCAAAUUGUGUAUGAAUUCCUUCUAAGGUUUGUGGCAUCACCAGAGACGGAUGCAAAGUUGGCUAAGCGGUACAUUGAUCACUCUUUUGUUCUAAGGUUGUUAGAUCUCUUUGAUUCGGAGGAUCCCAGAGAAAGGGAGUACUUGAAAACUGUUCUGCACCGUGUAUACGGAAAGUUUAUGGUGCACCGCCCAUUUAUCAGGAAAGCAAUCAACCAUAUAUUCUAUCGGUUUAUAUUUGAAACUGAAAAGCAUAACGGAAUUGCAGAGCUGUUAGAAAUUCUGGGAAGUAUUAUCAAUGGUUUUGCUUUGCCACUGAAAGAAGAGCACAAGCUCUUUCUUGUCCGAGCACUGAUACCACUUCACAAACCAAAAUGCAUAGCCAUGUACCAUCAGCAGUUAUCUUACUGCAUUACACAAUUUGUGGAAAAGGACUGCAAGCUUGCCGAUACUGUUAUAAGGGGUCUGUUGAAGUAUUGGCCAAUCACAAACAGUUCGAAGGAAGUCAUGUUCUUGGGUGAGCUGGAGGAAGUUCUGGAAGCAACUCAACCUCCAGAAUUCCAGCGCUGUAUGGUACCCUUGUUUCGGCAGAUUGGUCGCUGCCUGAGCAGUUCACACUUUCAGGUGGCAGAGAGGGCAUUGUUCUUAUGGAACAAUGAUCAUAUUGAAAACCUGAUAAAGCAAAAUCGAAAAGUUAUACUUCCAAUUAUCUUUCCUGCAUUGGAGAAAAAUGCAAGAAACCACUGGAAUCAGGCUGUACAGAGCUUGACACUAAAUAUCCGCAAAAUCUUCUCUGAUAUUGAUCCUGAGCUCUUUGAAGAGUGCUUACUCAAGUUUCAAGAAGAUGAAGCCCAAGAGCAAGAGAUUAAAUCAAAACGUGAAGCAACAUGGAAACGCUUAGAAGAGAUCGCUGCAAUGAAAGCUUCCAGUAACGAACCAGUACUUGUCCCCCACAGGAUAACCGCUCGCACACUGUCUGGCUAGAGAGGGGUGGGAGAUCCUUGUUGAUGAUUCCUCUGAUCGUGAUAUUCUGAUUGGUAUAGGAACCAAUAAUGCAGGUCAUAGUUUAGCAGGUGGAGUGAUCACAAACGAGAUGCUUUGUACUUCCUUGUUUUCUCACCUUGAACUUCCUGAUGUUUACUUUUGUAUAGUCACACACGGUGAAGCACGUCACUCUGCGGGGUAUGAACUAGCAUUGUUGUGACUUAGUUGCGGGGACUGUAUAUAUGGAAUUAGAUCGAAAACAGUGAAUGCGGGUUUUAUUGUGCUGCACUGCACGGUUAAAAGGAGGAAAUUUGAUCAGUGAACUUGGUUUCUUUUUUUGUUGUUGUUCAAAAGGGUGGGAUGGAAAUAGCAUCAUUUUGAUGAUACCUGUUUAGGUAUUUUUGAUACUGUUUAAUUGAUGUACUUCUAGUCUGCAAUUAUAUAUAUAUAGGUAUGUAUCAUCAUACUGUUUGGUGGGAACUGUUGCUAGCAGAAAGCUUCAUAUUCUCUCCUUUAUUUGUUGUAUUCUAAUUUCACCAGCAAACAAGAUUGUAUGGCCUUUCUUGUUAUUAUGGCUGGCAAGGUUGAAGUUUUCUGCUAGGAUAUUCUGUUUAUAUUGAUGCAAG